AUGGCUUCGAGCGUACCGUCUGGGGCGGAUCCCGUUGCGCAGAUUAUCUUGUCCUCUGCACUGCUGUCGCAAUUCCGUUAUGUUCCCAAAGCGCCUGAAGGUACCCAAAAUCGCAGCAAGCACGAACCCGAAGACCCCUCCCUGAAGCCUUGGAACGUUCUCUCUUUUCUCAUCGCGACCGGAGACAUCAAGGACGAGAUGGCAAGCAGAGUGAUAGCAGUAUCAGGAAGCAUCACUUCCGGACAGAUCACCGUGUUUCUCGUUUCGCGCAACGCGGUUCCAGGUCAGCCGUCGCCAUCUACAAGACUGUUCCUCCCUAGCAACGUCGUGUUUCCCCAACUCUCGUUCUUCCACGUGCAGAAGGUCGUCGAUCCUGUCCAGCAUAUCGACGAUGUAGUCAAUAUCGCCCACUUCUUUGCAACUACGCCCAAAGAUCGCAGGGCUGCGGAAUUCUUUCUUUUCCUCUUCUGUGUAUCUCGCUGCCUUCCGAAGCUCACUUCACGCAUCGAAAAUGGCGAUCGCAUCUGGAGUGGCUCCGAUUCACGUACCAAGGCGCCGGAUGGCGACAACUCACGCCACCCCACCAACGCCAUCUACACCGCGCUGCGUACCACACCGCCGACACACAUCAGACCUAACACCUUCAUACAUUUGUCAAAGGACCUCCAUAUCUACCUCAAGAAGGCGGAGAUCCCUCUGUCUCCUCACUCCGACACCCACGACGCCUACCCGAUCACGAAUGAAAACGCGGUUGAUUGGGCCCAGCUGGUCAUGGACUCCUUCCAGACGAUGAGGACGUAUUUCUGCGAUCUUCGCUCGAAGUGGCGCGUCCUCGAGGGUGCCUCUUUCCCACUACAGAUAAGGGAGUCCACGAAUGCAUUCGAAACCAUGAAGCUUUUCAGAGCCCUGCUGGAUGCCGGUGUCAUCAAGCAUCUUAUCACCCAGAAUGUUGAAACGGAGCUGCAGGGGAUGCGCCGGCGCAGUGAGGAAUCGAAGUCGUCUCCAGUGGAAAAGUUGGUGAAGAAUUUCAACGCGAGGAAAGCUCCAUCGACUAGAGGAUCAUCGACUAGUGUGCCCGAACAGGUUGCUCACGAAGAAGCUCCGUCGACUGCCGAUGAUGUACAACCAGUGACCCGCUCCCCGGUCUUCUCAGAUGUACCGCAGACUGCGCAGGAGGAUGUAUCGCCCAGUUCCCAAGAGGAUGUACCUGACGAGGCCACGUUGGAAGCUGCGGACGAUGACGAUGAGGAAGUGGCGGACGCCAGCGCGGAUCCAGACGAACCGGUGGAACAUCACCUCGUCCGUCAUCUGAGAACCGUUACGCUCCCCCUUGAUAUCGUUAGCAUGUUCAUCAGUCUCUCUUCGUCUCAAGUUGGUGGCGGCGCUCCGGCUGUACAAGCCGUCUAUGUGGACCACCCACCCGCCUGGCCCAUCGCCCAUCAAGACAACUUCUCCGUCAUCGAGACGAAGAUGAAAUCAUUCUUGCCGAAACACCAAACAGCUGGUUCCCUCCCUGAGCCCGGAGAUGGUCCAUUUGCUGACGUCAUCUUCCCGGCAAUCGCGAAGUGGCCAAAGAAGUUGGGGAAUCAGGUUAUGCAGAAAGUUAAUGGCGCAUGUGUGCAUGCCGAGGCCGCGCUCAUGGCUCGCGCAUGGCUAUCACGACAUGGCGGCGACUCAGCAGCGUCAUCGGAAGGCGAGGCGCUGAUACAGGACGUGUUCUCGCAUGAGCGCAUCCCCGUCGGAGUGAGCAAAAAGUGCUGCGUGUGCUGCGAGUAUCUUGCACAGCUGCUCGGCGAACCCUCGGAGGAUGGACAACCCGGUGUGGAGUUUGUCCUCUCGGGCACGCAUUCGACGGUCUUCCCUUGGGUUCCACCCUCAGGCCUACCCCACCCAGUUCUCAAGAAGUUGGCGAAGAGGCUGAUCGACGCGCUGGAUGAGGCCAUCAAAGCCUCCUCCAAAGAUGUCGGAUCGACGCAGACCACACCGCUACACGCUUCGGCGCCCCUCCCCGCCGCCGCGGGUGAAGAGUUCGACAGGGAGUCGAAGCGAUUGGAGGAGCUUAGCUUGAUGUAUAUGCUGCAAGGCGCGAAGUAG